GAAACCAUUCGAGCUCAGGGCUCUCUCAUUGGAUCGCCCUUUUUUACACCAUCAUCAUUAUUAUUAUAAAUCAUUGAGAAAGUGAAGUCCCUGAUCUGAUCAGUUUAUUGUCCCUGCAGUAGUCAUUUUUGACAAAAAAAAAAUCAAAAAUAUUGCCACAGGUGGCAGGAUCUUGUCACUAUUUCGAUUUGGUCUGGCUCCUGAAUAGUUCGGACCCGAAUACAUUUUCUCUUUCACUGCAGCUAAAUUACAGGGUCCCUUGGAUUCAUUGAUUUUGAGGAUGGAUUACCAAAUAACACCACUCAUCAAAACACCAUUUACGGACAUAUUUGCAAAUCUACAAAACUUCCAGAAUCAUCCCAAGUGUGCAAUGCGUGAACUGGCACUUGUUGAUUGUCUUGAAGCAUAUGGACCCCAAAAUGCAGAAGUCAAAUGUGGUGUUCUCAUGAGGGAUCUCAGGGAAUGUGUCUUUCGAUCCAAACAGAGACAGCGACUCAUAAUAAUGCGAGAAGAGCGCGACAGGCAGGUCAGUGAUGGUGAAAGAGAGAGGGCCGACAAAUAUGCUAAACCACCACCAAUGGAUACUUACUAAACUGUCAGAUCUGCCUCUAAUACUGUAAUUAUCAUCAUAUUAUUUAGUCGAUGAAUAAACGUUGCCCAAAAUACUGAAAACAAA